GCAACACUGGAUUCUUAAUCAGCUAGACGCAAGGGAACUUCUGGGAAUUAUAUUCUUAUGGUCUUAUCCAGCAAAUAAUAUAGUUCCUAUUCCAGCUUUGUCAACUACCAUUCCAAGCCACAGUUUACUCAUCUGUAAUGUGGGGACAAUUAUGGUACCUAUUUAAGGGUUAUAGUGAGGGUUAAAUGAGAAAAUAAAUACAUGUAAAGCUCUGAAGGCAGCAACUCUAACUACAUCAAUAAAUAUAAGCUAUUUGGUUAUUACCAUAAUAUUUGUAUUAGUGAUACACUACUACAUCAUAAAUCCACUCAUUUUGAUGUUCAGUCAUGGUAACCCCCAAUAUAACACAUCGUUUCAAUUUGCCCCCCAUAAUCACUUGAGAAAUCCACUGUGGUAAUGACACUUUCAUGAUUUUUACCAAUUUAUUACCAUUCAGAGGUUUCUAACCCUGGCCUACAGACAACAGGGAGUAAGUAAGAAGAUUUCAGGGCCCAAACCAAUUUAUUACUGUGUAAACUGUUUUAUAAUUGAAUGCUACAACCCCAGACCCCAGCAGAGUGGCUGGCACGGGACAAUCAAUGUUGAUUAAAUAAUCAGCGAACGAGGAGCACAUGCCAAGCAUUUCAGGUCAUCAUCCUCCAGAGCGGGCAAUAAGCACAACCAGAAGCAGAUGAGUGAGAAUGAGCGGCCCCACGUGCACAGGGCUGCAAGCUGCAAGCAAUUCUCUGCCGCAGCAGAGUACGUCAGAGCACCCACCCACAGCGUCCAAAACUCAGCUUAGGCGCGCCCUCUGGUGGCCGCGGCGCCCUUGGUCCGGCCUCGAGCGUCGGGAAGGAAGCGCGCCAGGCGGCGCGGGGUGGGGCUUCGCCGGGCGGGAUGGAGCGCGCGGAAGCCGGGACCUCCGCGGGCAACAUGCCCCGCUUCCUGCUGGCCCUUCAGAGCCAGAGCCGAACUGAGGCGGAGCGGGCGCGGGUGCAGGAACAGGACCUCCGGCGGUGGGGCCUGACAGGGAUUCAUCUACGCCCUUAUCAGCUGGAGGGAGUCAACUGGCUGGCCCAGUGUUUCCAUUAUCAGAAUGGCUGCAUCCUGGGAGAUGAGAUGGGCCUGGGUAAGACCUGCCAGACUAUUGCUGUCUUCAUUUACUUGGCAGGGAGAUUAAAUGAUGAAGGACCAUUUUUGAUUCUUUGUCCCUUGUCUGUCUUGAGCAACUGGAAAGAAGAGAUGGAGAGGUGUGCUCCAGGUCUUUGCUGUGUGACAUAUGCAGGUGACAAGGAGGAGAGAGCCCACCUACAGCAAGACCUAAAGCAGGAGUCAGGUUUUCAUGUGCUGCUAACUACCUACGAGAUUUGCUUGAAAGAUGCAUCAUUUCUAAAGUCCUUCCCUUGGAGUGUUCUUGUCGUGGAUGAAGCUCACAGGUUGAAAAACCAAAACUCCUUGCUGCAUAAAUCACUUUCAGAGUUCUCAGUUGCCUUCCGUCUCCUGCUGACCGGAACGCCCAUCCAGAACAGCCUCCAAGAGCUCUACUCUCUGCUCAGUUUUGUGGAGCCUGAUCUCUUUUCCAAGGAGGAGGUGGAAGAUUUUGUGCAGCGUUAUGAGGAUAUUGAGAAAGAGUCUGAGUCAGCAAGUGAACUCUACAAACUCUUGCAGCCAUUUCUGCUGAGGCGAGUGAAAGCGGAGGUAGCUGCAGAGCUUCCCAAGAAGACAGAAGUAGUGAUAUAUCAUGGCAUGUCAGCACUGCAGAAAAAAUACUACAAGGCUAUUUUGAUGAAGGACCUAGAUGCAUUUGAAAAUGAGAUGGCAAAGAAAGUUAAACUUCAGAAUGUCUUGUCCCAACUUCGAAAGUGUGUGGAUCACCCAUAUUUGUUUGAUGGUGUGGAACCAGAGCCUUUUGAAAUUGGAGACCACCUCAUUGAGGCCAGUGGGAAACUUCACCUGCUGGACAAGCUGCUGGCGUUCCUGUAUUCCAAGGGCCAUCGAGUUUUACUUUUCUCCCAAAUGACCCAGAUGUUGGAUAUUCUCCAAGACUACAUGGAUUAUAGAGGCUACAGCUAUGAGCGUGUGGAUGGUUCCGUGAGAGGGGAAGAGAGACACCUGGCCAUUAAGAACUUUGGACAGCAGCCCAUCUUUAUUUUUCUCCUGAGCACCAGGGCAGGUGGCGUUGGCAUGAACUUAACAGCAGCAGAUACUGUGAUUUUUGUUGACAGCGAUUUCAAUCCUCAGAAUGACUUGCAAGCAGCUGCCAGAGCUCACCGAAUUGGCCAGAACAAGUCUGUUAAAGUUAUUCGGCUGAUCGGCCGAGACACUGUGGAAGAAAUAAUCUGUCGGAAAGCAGCCUCCAAGCUGAAGCUCACCAACACGAUCAUAGAAGGGGGCCGUUUCACCCUGGGAGCCCAGAGACCUGCCGCAGAGGCUGACCUCCAGCUGAGUGAGAUACUCAAAUUCGGUUUGGAUAAACUGCUAUCCUCUGAGGGGAGUACCAUGGACGAAAUAGACCUGGAGUCUAUCCUGGGAGAAACAAAAGACGGCCAGUGGAUCUCUGAUGCCCUGCCGAGCACAGAAGAAGGAAGCAGGGAGCAAGAGGAAGGAAAAAACCAUAUGUACUUAUUUGAAGGUAAAGAUUAUUCUAAGGAGCCUAGUAAAGAAGACAGAAAAUCAUUUGAGCAACUGGUGAAUCUUCAGAAAACCCUUUUGGAGAAAACUGGUCAAGAGGGCCGGUUACUCCGAAAUAAAGGCAGUGUUCUCAUCCCCGGCCUUGUGGAGGGAUCCACCCAAAGGAAGCGGAUUCUGAGCCCAGAAGAACUGGAGGACAGACGGAAGAAAAGGCAAGAAGCAGCAGCCAAAAGAAAGAGACUAAUAGAGGAGAAGAAGAGGAAAAAGGAAGAAGCCGAACAUAAGAAAAAGAUGGCCUGGUGGGAGUCCAACGGUUACCAGUCCUUCUGCCUGCCUUCCGAGGACAGCGAGCCAGAGGACCUAGAGGACGAGGCAGAAGAGAGCUCUGCUCCACUGGAUUAUGCAGACCCAGACUCGACCUCCAUCAAGUAUGUGAGCGGUGAUGUCACCCACCCACAGGCCGGGGUGGAGGAUGCUGUCAUCGUGCACUGUGUAGAUGAUUCUGGCCACUGGGGCAGAGGUGGUUUAUUCACAGCUCUAGAAGCAAGAUCUGCAGAGCCAAGAAAAAUAUAUGAGCUGGCUGGGAAAAUGAAAGAUUUGAGUUUGGGAGGUGUCCUUUUAUUUCCUAUUGAUGAGAAAGAGUCAAGAAACAAAGGACAAGAUUUGUUGGCCUUGAUUGUGGCUCAGCACCGCGAUCGCUCCAAUGUCCUGUCUGGCAUUAAGUUGGCAGCCCUAGAAGAGGGCCUGAAGAAGAUAUUCUUAGCAGCAAGGAAGAAGAAGGCAAGUGUCCAUCUUCCACGCAUUGGACACGCCACGAAAGGUUUUAACUGGUAUGGUACUGAGCGACUUAUUCGGAAACACUUGGCCGCAAGAGGCAUCCCAACUUACAUAUAUUACUUUCCUCGAAGCAAGGCUUCCAUCCUUCAUUCACAGGCCUCCUCAUCUUCCUCCUCAAGACAGCUGGUGCCUUAACUGUUGGCCCAGCCUCAGAUCCAGCCUUCAGCAGCCAGCUAAGAUAUUUGCUCAAAGCUACUGUAAUAGAGUAUUUCAAAAAGGAAUCCGGAUCUGGUGGGCCUCUGAGAUACUCUGUUUUUUGGAAUUCUAAUUUUGUUCUCCUGGAUGUGAUACCAAUUUCUACCUGUAAUACAAGGAUGCACAAGUUAUUUGAGAAAAUCCUUUGACAGUUUGCAGGGCUCCAGUUUGCAUAGCUAUUUGAAUAAUAAUAAGUUUUCUUUCUCUAAUGGUUUCAUUGCUUUCUUUCCCCUCAAUCUAAGUUUUCUUCCCCUCCGUCAGACUGGAUUCUUUAUAGUGAGAAAGACAAAUGGAUUAAGGAGAAAGGAAAGUAAUAGGAGAACAGGGUGGCUUGGGGAGAAAGAAGUGCCUUCAGCCACUUCGUGCCUUGGAGAGAGAGGUCUCUGAGGGGCAGAGGCUGAGCAGUGAGAUUCUUCAUCAGACAGGUGGAAGCUCUGCUGUCCUUCUUUUCGCCCUUCUCAGCAUUCAGAUCUAGAAGUACACACCGUCUAUGGCCAUACCACCCUGAACGCGCCCUGUCUCGUCAGAUCUAGAAGUACACACAUUGGCCCAGAGGCCUGUCAAAUGUGAUUUCAGAGAAACCAGAGGAUCUCCUUUCCCUCUCCCACCAAAUUCAGUUCAGCCUCAAGAAAUAAGGGGAUUGUGGAAAUCUGACAAAGCUGACAUCAAAUGUCAGAUUAGGGAGGGUGAGGGGCUGAGAGCCACCAGAGAAGGAGUCUUAGGUGGAGACACCAUAUAAGCCAUGGCCUUUCUCACUUUUGUAUGUGAAGUCUCUGUUUUGGCCAACUGUCCUCAACCCAGCCUGGUUUCUGCUGCUUUGAGGCACCUAGCGUGCCCAGAACCUAGCAUGCUCAACACCUAGCAUACCCGGAAGCCUCAGCCCUGGGGCCUUGAUUCAGGGAACCCUGGCUACUGGGGGUCUCAGAGUUGGGACCAUGACCUCCUAAGGAAGGUGGUGCCUUUAGCACCUGGGCUAUCCUGUUCUAUUUGACUCUCUCCCCAGUUCUGUCACCCUUUAAUAAUUUAGGAUCCAGGAGUUCCUGUUGUGGUGCAGUGGAAAAGAAUCAAGUAGGAACCAAGAGGUUGCGGGCUCGAUCACUGACCUUACUCAGUGGGUUAAGGAUCUGGCGUUGCUGUGAGCUGUGCUGUGGGUCACAGACAAGGCUUGGCUCUGGCGGGGCUGUGGUGUAGGCCGGCGGCUACAGCUCCAAUUAGACCCCUAGCCUGGGAACCUCCGUAUGCUGUGGGUGUGGACCUAAAAAAACAAAAAGACCAACAACAACAAAAAAUGUAAGAUCUGUGUUGAAGACCUAGUAGACCCUAAAUUCAUGAUUCCUUAAUUUGUUUUUCCUAAAAUUCCUUAGUUUCAUUUUUACUUCUUCCUAUCUACUACUGUUACCACCAGCCCUUAACACAUAGGUGAUUACUUUUAACCUCUAAAACUAGCGUCCUAGGUCUUAGAAGCAGAACUGGAACUCCAAAAAGGGAGACUACAGAGAAAUCUAACCUAAUGCACAAGUAAGCUAUCGGGCCUUUAAGAGCAGCCGGAGUCCAACAGGUGAGAUAUAAGCAGGGGCAAAGAAAACUUGGUUGUCUGGAAGCUGUAUAGCCCCCAGAGAAGCUGUACGUUCUUUGGAUAGCAGAGUCGUGGGGCUAGCCACCCACAGAUGUUGCUAAACAUUUGCGAGGGGCAUCAGAGCAGGAAACUCACUCCCAAACGUGGCAUAGCUGACCUUUUCAGGGGCACAGGUGUUUUUUUGAAAAGAGAGAGGCUUUUCACCCUAUACUCUGUCCUUCUUGCUCUAGCUACGUGGGCUUUUUCUCUGGAUGGAGGCCCUGGGCCAUGACCUUGUGCCACCUGGUAACCUGUUAGCGGCAGCUCCCUUCCUUCCUUUUCCAUCUCUGCUUGCUCGUCAGAGUGGAGAACAUUGCCCUGCUCUAUCUCUAUACGUCUUUUCUGUCUCAUAAUCCCUUCAGUCUUCCCAUCAAAGGGUGCCCCUGUCUGGGAAGGAAGAAUGAAAGCAGAUACUGACUUUAUCCCAAGGGCUCUGUUCUGUUUCCUCCACAGCAUCUUUGAUGCCAUCUGGCCCUCCCCUCUGAGGAGGCUAUGAUAGGGCCUAGAGGACAACAAAAAAGUUUGUUCACUGAUGAGCUUUUGUGCAGAAGUUUGUACCAUAAACGUCAAUAUAAAAAUCCUGUGUAUUGAAAUAGGCAUUUGUCCUGAAAUUUUCUCUGUGUACAAUCUUACAUGUUUUCUUGAUUUUUAAUAAACUUUACUUAGCAACAUGCCUA